AUGGCGCCUGGGCAGGGAGGAAAGAGAAAGCGCAACGAGCGCACCUGGUCCAGCGAUUCUGUGAACAACGAAGGUCCGCGACCGUCGCCCCAUCGCCCAGGUACUCUCAACAUGGCAGGACACGGUAGACACCAAUCGAGUCCAUCUCGAGACCAACACGAUGGGCGCGACCGAUAUCGCCGACAGUCGAAUCGCGGAGGCGGUCCUCGAAACGAUUCCCGCCGCCGGUCUCACGAUAACCAAAAUUUUUCGAGUUCCCAGCAAAGAGAACAAAGCGCGAUGUCUCCUCCGCCACCAGCCCAGCCCAAGGAUGCGCCAGAGCCUUCGCAGACAAAUGGUGAGUCUGCGGUCGCUCAGCCAACUCCCUCUUCGGCACCCAACACUCUCGUCUCAAACGCACCACCGCGACCUUCCUCCCAAGCUGGACCUGAUACUGUUGUCAGUCGCCCCGCCAGGCCACCCCCUCCCUAUGACUACGAGUACGUUACAGAUACUAUCGUGAAAGAGUGGUCGUCGAAUGGAAAGGGUAAGGUUGUCGAGGUAGGACAUGCGGCUCGAUCGCAGCAGGAUUUGCCACGCCUAGCAUCGAUUUACCAGGAGCUCAUUCGAUCUGCGAUUUAUGACCGCCUCCCUCCGUUCGAGGCCGGUUCUACAGUUAAGGAUAUUAUCGGAGAUGAAGUUGCAUCGGAUGAUGUCAAAAUGGGAGGUGAAGAACGCAAAUUCUCGACUUUGGAAUUUGACUCGCGCUCUUUGUUUCUGGACACGCUCUCCGUUUUCACAGACGCCGACACAUCCAAUCCUGCUCUAAGACCGCUUGUGUAUGCAACCUCGAUACCAUCCUCUCUUAUGCGUCUUCAGCUUGAUACUCCUCUACUACAGUCGCUGGGUCUGGUUCGGGAGACAUUUGCACGCAUGGGAAUUCGCAAACAGACCAACCUGCUUUACCGACAAUCAAACUACAAUUUGCUGCGCGAGGAAUCUGAAGGAUACUCGAAGCUUCUCACAGAGCUGUUCACAACAAGUAACAAUGAACCGCCAACGGGUGAAGUUGUUCAAGAUACAUUUGAAAGAGUGAAGGCGAUGGUCGGAGCCUUCGAUAUGGAUGUGGGCCGCGUACUGGACGUGACAUUGGACGUAUUCGCGGCUGUCUUGGUAAAGCAGUAUCGCUUUUUUGUGAAAUUGCUCCGCGCCAGCUCGUGGUGGCCCAAGGAAGAUCCGCUCUACGCAGUUGAAGGAAUUCGUUGUGCUUCUGGCUUACCCAACUGGGCGCUUCCCGGAUCGCCAGUAUGGGUCACAACGGAAGAGGAACGUACGAACAUCAUGAAAUCUAAUGAGCAGCGCGACCGAGACUUCUGGGAUCGUGUGCGCCAAGUCGGAGUGCAAGCCUUCUUCGAAAUAGGUCGCAAGCCACUCUCCCACCAAGACAAGGAACAAGUUCUCCCGGAAGCGAACAGCCUCCCCGAAGAGCAAGACGCACUCAAGCAGUGGAUCGAAGAGACGGGAACACUGCCUCCUAAAGGCAAUCGAGUUGCUGCACAACUUCUUGGUUUCAAGCUGCGUUUCUAUUCCUCAAAUGCACGAACAAAAUCUGAUACCCUGCCCCAUAAUCUGAUAUUCCUCGCUGCCCUUCUCAUCAAGAUUGGAUUUAUUUCCCUUCGCGAUCUCUAUGCUCACCUUUGGAGAUCCGAUGAAUCUAUGGAUGCGUUGAAAUCAGAGAAGAUGACAGAGAAAGCAGAGAGGGAGAAGGCUGCGCGACCAGGAGGUGGAAUAAAUGCUCUCAUGAUGGCUGGUGCUCUAUCAGACGACACACUUCCCCCAUCUCGUAUCCGAGAAUCUGAGACUCGAAUGGCCACUCCAUCGAAGGAUCAGGACGCCGACAAACAGUCAACAAAAACGGAGAAUGAUCUUCCAGAGCCAUCAGACCAAAAGGUCAUGCUCUUGAAGAGCCUUUUAGCUAUUGGCGCUAUCCCGGAGGCUCUUUUCGUUAUGAGCAAAUUCCCUUGGCUUAUGGAUGGCUACCCCGAACUGCCUGAAUUCAUUCAUCGAAUCAUCCACCACUGCCUAAGCAAGGUCUAUACCCCUCUCCGUCCUCUAGCCUCCGUUGAAGGUUUCCCUGGGGAGCAACAAAUCUUAAGUACAGACCAGGCAGGUGUGGUUAAAGGCAAGCUUCGACUCAUCCAACCUACCCCGCGGCGCGUCCUGCGUUGGGCUCAGCUGGACAAACAAGAUGCCACAAAUGAUGGUACUGACUAUCGCUUUUACUGGGACGACUGGUCUGACAACGUUCCGAUCUGUCAGUCUGUUGAUGACGUGUUCGCCCUUUGCUCCUCAUUCCUCAACCUUUCCGGACAUAAGAUUGGACAAGAUGCCAGUCUUUUGACGAAGCUUGCGCGUAUCGGCAAGGCCAGCUUGUCUGAAGAUGACUCGGAUGGAAAUAGAGCACGUUGGCUGGAUUUGUGCAAGCGCCUCCUUUUGCCUUCCGUUAGCUUAACGAAGGCCAACCCUGGUGUCGUGAAUGAGAUAUUUGACCUCAUUAGCUUCUUUCCUCGCAGCGUCCGAUACAAUAUGUACGCCGAGUGGUACUCUGGUCAAACUUCUAGAUUGCCUGAUAUCAAAGAUGCAUUUGAUCAGGCAAAGGCUGAAACCAAGGAUGUACUCAAAAGGUUGAGCAAAACAAAUGUCAAGCCCAUGGCCCGAUCCCUGGCUAAGAUUGCAUAUGCCAAUCCUGGAAUCGUUAUCAACGUGGCUGUUAGUCAGAUCGAGUCGUAUGAGAAUCUCAUCGAAGUCGUCGUUGAGUGUGCUCGUUAUUUCACAAACCUGGGCUAUGAUAUCUUGACCUGGUCGCUCAUCAACUCUCUGGGUCAAAAGGGCAGAAGCCGUGUCCAAGAGGGUGGUUUGCUCACAAGUCGUUGGUUAAACGCCCUCUCAACUUUUGCUGGUCGAACCUUCAAGCGAUAUUCUGUCAUGGACCCAGCUCCUCUGUUACAGUAUGUCGUAGAGCAGCUGCGUCAUAACAAUUCCACCGACUUGAUUGUCUUGGAGCAAUUGAUUACUUCGAUGGCUGGUAUUAUUUCCGACAACAGUCUCAAUGACAACCAAAUUCAUGCCAUGGCUGGUGGAGAGUUACUUCAGGCGCAGACAAUUCUGCAACUUCUGGAUAAACGGCAUGAAUCUAAGAACACAUCUAGGCGGCUUAUAAAGUCAUUGACCCAUACUCGUCUCGCUGGACAGCUCCUGGUUGCUAUCGCUCAAGAACGCCUGACGUGCGUGUUCAAAGAAUCCUCGUCCGAGCUCAAAUUGCUUGGAAAUAUCUUUGACGAGAUUCACCGCAUUCUCACUCAGUACCUUGAACUACUACGCAGCAAUUUGUCUAUAGAAGAGUUUGAUUCCUUUGUCCCCGACUUCGCCUCCUUAAUCAAAGAAUUUGGUAUCCAGCCGGAGGUCGCCUUCUGGAUUCGACGCCCUAGCGUUUCUCGAAAAAUGGCCGACGUUGAACGUGCUAAACAAGAGGCAGAAUCAUUGAACAAAGAUAAGCAGCCCUCUGACGAUGUGAAAAUGGACAACGGCGAUGAAGGAGAAGCCGUGGCCGAGUCCAAUGAAAAUGUAGCCGAAUCAAGCAUGGACAUUGACAAGGACGAAAACGGCAUUCCUAUUGAAGGUGCUUCUCCUGAACCACUGACGUCGAAUGCUGUCAUGCAAGAGUUGAUCGACAAUGUCAAAUCUGUUUUGCCGUCUGAGAUCUGGGAAGUUGUGGGAGCACAUUUCUAUACAACUUUCUGGCAACUUUCUCCCUACGAUGUGCACGUUCCUGGGAGGUCUUAUGAAGAUGAGAUUGAUCGCUUGAAGCGCCGCAUUGUGGCAAUCAAUAACGAUAGAUCUGAUCUCAGCAUGGCUGGCACGAGACGCAAAGAACAAGAGAAGAAACAUAUCACCCAGCUUCAGGAUCGGAUUUUAGACGAGAAUAAGAAUCACUUGAAGGCCUAUGACCAAACCCGAAGAAGAUUACUCCAAGAGAAGGAUAGCUGGUUCACUACCACGCCUCACCAUCACGAUGUUCUGAAUGUUGCUUUACUCGAACAAUGCUUCAUUCCUCGCUUGCUCUUGUCUCCCACUGACGCCUUUUUCUCUUUCAAACUACUGAAGUUCUUACACAGCUCUGGAGCACCGAAAUUUCGGACUAUGGGGCUAAUUGACCAUUUAUUUCGCGAGCAGAGAUUGACUGCAUUGAUUUUCCUUUGUACCUCAAAGGAAGCAGACAAUCUGGGCCGGUUUUUGAACGAGGUCCUGCGUGAUUUGGGCCGCUGGCAUGCCGAUAAAGCAGUUUACGAAAGAGAGGCAUAUGGCUCCAAGCGAGACCUUCCUGGAUUUGCCAUAAACAUCCCUUCUGAUCAUUUCUUGAAUUUCGUUGAGUUUGGGCGUCUAUUGUACAAGUGGCACGAAUGGCUCACCAAGGUACUCAAGACCUGUCUUACUGGGGGCGAAUACAUGCAUAUUCGUAAUGCCAUCAGUGUUCUCAAGGCUAUUGUUCAACAUUACCCGGCUGUCAACGUCAUGGGUAAGCAGAUGUUGACCUGCGUGACCGACCUAAGCAAGAACGAUGAGAGAGACGAUGUUAAGAUUCCUGCCGCUUCGCUUAUCGGAGAUCUCAACCGACGAGAAAAACAAUGGAUGCUUCCUCAACAGUUCACCACUCUGAAGGUCGAUCAAAGAAAGCCCCCAGCUGGUUCCCAACCUCUUGACGGCCAAACACAAUCUUCGGGCCCAACAAACCUGAAUGCAACAGCCCCCGAAUUCAGUCCUCCGGCUCAAGAUUCGACUUCUACGAAACGGGAUGCUACUGGCAAACUGGAAGUGGAAGAUGGCGAGAUUGAAGAUGCGAAGAUGAUGGACACUGGUUCUGCACCUGACGCGGGAGAUGCGACUCAACAAUCUGGACCUCAAUUUGGGGCCUCCCAAGAAUCAGCAAAUACGUCUACUGUUAUGGACACCAGCGUAGACUCUCCUUCCAUUGACCAGCCUUCAUCAGAACAACGUGUUCAAGCAGACCAGCCGACAAGAUCGCAGUCAGGCUCUCGAGCUCCCGAUUCAGGCCGUCCAGCCGACAUCCCGAAGCGCCCAGAGCCUGAACGGAUCAAUCCUCGCGAGCAAGCACGCCGCCCCCGCAUAAGCGAGGGUAGAUUGCCUGCACGUCCCGAUGUGUUGGACGAUCGACGAGACAGGCAUCCCGACUUCAACCCGCGAACUCGCCAUGGAGGACCAGAUCAUAGCCGUCCAUUCGAUGGGCCUCCCGGUGAUAUUCGAGGUCACGGACGACCUUCAGAUCGUGAUCGUGAAUUCCCAAUGAGACCCCUUCCAGAUGAUCCGAUGCGUGGGCCGCCGCCGUAUCGUGAGGGCCGUCUGCCACGGGAACCAGAAUGGCCGAUGGAUCGAUCUGGCCGUAUGCGGACCACGGAUUCGUUCCAUGGCCGUGAACCUCCUGCUCGGCCCGAGCUGAUGCCUGAGUUUCCGGAUCGCCCUACCGAUGGUCCGCGUCGUGGUGAACCCAUUCGACCAGAAAAGGAUGAUCGACGCCCAUAUCCACCGCGUGGACCAUCGCCUCCACGGUCUGAAUUGCCUAAUCGCCCCGAGCGGUUCCCCAACGAGCGUCGCUCUGGUAACUUUGGUCCAGGUCCACAGCCCCCUCGUCAUGAUGAUCUUCCUAGAGGUCCUCGAAGUGAUCGUGUUGGCGGUGACUCAAGAGAGCCACCAAAACCACCAGUUGGCCCAGAAGCGGAUCACGGUCGACUGCAGCCACCAAAUGAAAUUCCAUCGGGACCCCGCAACAGAAGAGGAAAUGGCCGUAAUGUCUCGGGCGCCCUGCCUACUCCUCCCAGCAUGCCCAACAAUAAAAUGUCCACACCCGAGCGCCCAGCCCCGUCGGGUUCCAGGCGUCAAAGUGGACGUCCUGAUCAGCCUCCUGCCGCUCCACCACCGUCUUCUGAGCAACCUCAACAACCUCAAACAGCCGGUAUCCACCCUGACCGGCUCAAGGUCUUGCAGGACUCAGUGCCGCCUCCACAGCACCCACCCAACACCGCGGUGGUCCCGCCUUCUGGUCCACGUGCUGGGGUAAAUCCCCCUUCGGGAUCUCGCGGGUCUGGCAAUGACCGUGGACGCAGUGAUAAACGAUUCGCUGGCAUUAACAACGUGCUUACACAGGGAGGCCCCACUGCUGAGCGUGGAAAUGCCACACCCCCAUCUCGUGGAAGAGGUUCAAACCGCCAAUCGAAUGCUCCGAAUGCUUCUCCUCAGAUCCCAAAUCGCCCUGCGCCAGUGCCAACCGGUCCUGAAGAUGACAGUAAUUCCCGCGCGCGGGCUGGUGGCCGAGGCGGCGAUCUGAUUGACGAUGCUGCUCCCGAUGCACGUGGUUCAGGUCGUAACAAUGAUCGCGAUCGUGAUGGUCACCGUGAUCGUCGCGGUGAUGAUUCUGGCAAUAGCAAUAGCAACCGUCGUGGAGACCGACGCGAUCGUGACCGUGCUCGCCGAAGUGAUGUUGGCCCUGCUGGAGUUGGUGGUCGUGAUGACAAGGAUCGUGACCGUGACCGACCUACUGAAUCUCGUGAAUCUCAACGUCGAAACAACCCUGGUUCGCGUGAAGAAGGAAGACGCCGAGAUGGCCGUGAUCGCCGUGAUCGGGAUGAUGGACCACCAAACAUGGGUGGCCCUCCUAACCCCAAUUCUACACCCAUCGAAAACGAGGGCCGUAUUCGUCCUUCCUCAUCAGCGGGAGCACCACCACCUCCCCCUCCUCCCCCUCCUCCACCCCCUCUACCAACUGACGAUAAUUCACGCCGUUGGGGAUCAGGUGGAGACCGCGGUAAUCGAAACGAAAACCGUGAUCGGGAACGAGAGCGUCGAGGUGACCGAGGCCGUGACCGUGAUAAUCACCGUGAUAGUGGAAACUCUGGUCAGCGCAAGCGUGGCCGUCCUAACCCAGAGGACAACUCAGGUGGUGGCGGCGAAGGAGGUCCACGAGGUCCACGUAUGGGAAAUGACAACAAGCGUCCCCGCCGUGGGCAGUGA